GUUUUACUUUCAUCUUCAAAAGGAUCCUCAAAAUUAACGUCCUGGACAGUAACGUCGUCGGAAUCAUUUUUUUCGACCGUACAAAUAUUAUCCGAACUGUUUUCUUUUUCUGGAACGUCACUUGCAUCGGCAAAGAGUUUCAAAACAUCAGCUUUGCUUCGCAGUGGAGUUUUGUUCGUUUGCUUCUCGCUCGGCGAACUUUUACUGUAGUCCAACUCCCGAAAUUUUAUUCCUCCUAAUCUGCUGUUUCUAUUCAUCUCGCCGUUGUUCGAUGACAGCCCUACAAAAUUUCGUUAAUCCAUUUUCUCGGAACUUUGUUUACAACGGCCUUUGAAGAAAGUUGUACAUGCACUUUAUGGCGGAGCACAAAAUACUGACAUUGCGCGCCAACGGUGAUUGUCAGUCAACGCCGACAACAUAAGCUGAGAAUGGUCACCAGUUUCUAGGGAAUUUAUAGAUCUAGUGAUAAUCGAGCCGUUCGAUUGGUCGAACUCGACGAGCUACACGGCGUAUGUUUCCUUUUCGGUGACCGAGGCCUGCCCAAGACAUUCAAGAUGUUGAUGCCCAAACAGAAUCGUGUGGCCAUCUUCGAGCACCUCUUCAAAGAGGGUGUGAUGGUCGCCAAAAAAGACUACCACGCACCAAAACACCCAGAACUGGAGUCUAUUCCCAACCUUCAGGUCAUCAAGGCUAUGCAGUCCUUGAAAUCCAGAGGUUUUGUUAAGGAACAGUUUGCCUGGAGGCACUUUUACUGGUACUUGACCAACGAUGGUAUUGAGUACCUGAGGACCUACCUCCACCUCCCACCAGAAAUUGUGCCCGCUACUCUGAAGAGGAAACCAACCUCUGAGAGCGCCAGGCUCAAGCCACCAAGUGGCCCCAGGAGCGAAACCUCGAGACCUGCCGAGGAUCGCGCUGGAUACAGACGUGGACCUGCUGGUCCUGGAGACAAAAAGGCCGAAGUUGGAGCAGGAGCUGGCGAGCUCGAAUUCCGUGGUGGUUUUGGACGUGGAAAGGCACCUCAAUAAAUGAUUUUUACUGUGUAAAAUAGA